AGCGGUUUCAGUCCUGUGGUAUGAACCACUGAUGAGACGGAUCAAGCGCUCAUCUCCGUAACAGAAGAACUAGGGUUAGGGUUUUGGGACUUGUUUUCUAGGACUUCCGGAGAGGAUUUGACUUCCAACGGGCCCGAACAGAGAGCUAGUGUUCUGAAGAUUUAAGUAGGUUUUGCAGCAAUUGAGAAAACCAGGAUCCAGUGGUUGUUCAUACUUUUGAUGAUCAGAAAUUUAGGGUUUCUGGGUCCUCACAGAGGCCAGAGGGCUUAGAUAUCUUGAUUUCAAGAACUCAAUAGCUGAGGUUGUAUCCGGACGCAUUUAGGGCUUUGUUCCCAGUUUUUUGCGGAACAAAAAACCAAGAGUUCUUAGCCAUUCUUGAUUCAGUUUAGCGAAGGUAUCAGGCGUGAGGGUUUUGAAGGCAUAUAAUCAUAGAGCUAGGGUUUUCGAGUAUCUCUUGUUGCUCGUCACAGAGAUCAGGCAAUUAGGGCUUGUAAACCAGAGAGCUAGGGUUUUGAUACAUCAGGGUUUCUAUUCAUUUGAUAUUCCUGAAUUUCAGGACGAAACACAGUUUAGAAACUAGAGAGAUCAUUGAACAAGAGUUCCUGAGACAUACAGGGCUCACCACAAGAGUCUAGGUUUUCAAAGCCUCGAGGUUCCUAUAUGUUUCAUAGAUCAGACAAUUAGGGUUUCUGAGACUUAAAAGCUUUGUCUAUCUUCUAAUCAAUCAGCUUCAAUGGUGACAGGCGAGACAAGCUACGGCACAGUCUCGUCAGCCUCAAAAUCUGGCAUCGAAUUCAUCUCUCUUGCAAAAGAGAAGGGUAAAGCAGUGUAUGCCACUCGGACACAGUGGCGUGAGCUUGCAAACCCCUCAGCCUUUGGCUUGCCCCGCAGCUUUGGCGAAGCUCUGGUUCGUAUCAAAAGAAAUCUUGCACAUUUCCGAGUGAAUUAUGCAAUUGUCAUUCUCUUAAUCCUCUUCUUGAGCCUUUUAUGGCACCCUGUGUCCUUAAUUGUCUUCUUGGUCAUGUUUGCUGCCUGGUUUUUACUUUAUUUCUUUCGGGAUGAGCCCAUCAUGGUAUUUGGUCGAACCCUCGAUGACCGUUUGGUUCUUGCCAUGCUCUCGAUUGUUACUUUGAUAGCCCUUCUAUUGACCCAUGUCACUUUGAAUGUGUUGGUUUCGAUUCUCAUUGGGGUGGUGAUUGUUCUUCUCCAUGCUUCAUUUCGUGGCACCGAUGACCUGUUCAUGGAUGAGCAAGAAGCUGUAGGCAGCGGCUUGAUGUCAUUUGCUGAAAGUCCAAUGCACCCACCACGAGCCGCGUCUGAAACUACUUCUUGAAGGACUUUUCUUCAUUUUGUCUUGGUUUUCUUCUUCUUCUGCCUCUUUGUUGGGGGAUGGUGUGGGGGCUUGCCUAUGGCGCAUUCCUGUUGUAUGGGGUAAUGGGUUUUCUUAUUUUGAUAAUUCGGUAAUGGGUUUUUGUAUGGAGAUUGUUUGGUUAGUUUUGGUUGGUUAAUCUUGGAAUAAUAUGGUCAUUAACUGAUUCUGUAUUCACUUUGGAGUUCUCUCUUUUACUGUUUUGCGUUGUUUUAUUUCUGGGAUUGGAUUGUCGGCACUAAUGUGAUCUUAACGGAAAUCUUGGUUUAGCAAUGUUGUUGAAUUGUGGGGCAGAGUUGUAUUUGUACAGUGCAAGAUUGGGUUCAUAAAGUUCAAAGAAUGAUUGCAUGCUCAAAAUGGUGGCUUAUUAACAAAGAAUGGUUGUAUUUUGAUUCAUAAUGGCACUCUUGUUUUUAUCUUGUGUUCGUAAUAUUGUAGUUUCCUGUGCUCUGUUGAGACAAGUUGAGUGAUCUUAAAUGCGAGUGCACAUUUGUAU